UGGGAAGGGCAGUGGACGGCGUUGGGGGAGGCUUGACGAGGCAAGUGGGGCGGGAGAAAGGAGAGGGCCUGUGGAUGGGGGAGGGGCGUCUUUGACUCUCCGGGAGAGCCGGGCUCUGACUGCCUACCCGCUUUACCCAGAGGACGUGCCCCCGCGGCUUCGGUUGCGACUGUCCUGAUUGCUCCUGGCAGAGGUGCUCAGCGAGGGAAGAAGUGGCCUCUUUAUGGGUCUACAACUCCCGCUAUUUUGUGGCAGUCCGUUGGGUUCACUCCCUUGCUCUCCUUCCCUCCUUCCUGUUUCCCCCGCCUUUUCACUCUUGCGGCUGGAGGAGUUAACCCGACUCCAGCUUUGGUUCCUACGCCUCGUGGCCACAGCCUAGCCUCUCCGAGUCGUGGGUUGAGAGACUACGAGAUUUCUAGAGAACUCUUCUGAACUCAGAGUGUUUCAUCAUAUAUACAACUAAGUUAUCAGGAACAUCUGUGAAGACAAACAGGUGAAGAGAAUUUCCAGAGGAGCAGUUGAAGUUCUAGAAUCUUUUAGUUUGUUAUUACUGGACCAAAAAAAUGACAUCUAUUAUCAAAUUGACUACCCUGUCUGGGGUCCAAGAAGAAUCUGCUCUUUGCUAUCUUCUCCAAGUUGAUGAGUUUAGAUUUUUAUUGGACUGUGGCUGGGAUGAGCACUUUUCUAUGGAUAUUAUAGAUUCCCUGAGAAAGCAUGUUCACCAGAUCGAUGCAGUACUAUUGUCUCAUCCGGAUCCUCUCCAUCUUGGUGCUCUCCCAUACGCUGUCGGAAAGCUGGGUCUGAACUGUGCUAUCUAUGCAACCAUUCCUGUUUAUAAAAUGGGACAGAUGUUUAUGUAUGAUCUUUACCAGUCUCGACACAAUACAGAAGACUUUACACUGUUUACAUUAGAUGAUGUGGAUGCAGCAUUUGAUAAAAUACAGCAGCUAAAAUUCUCUCAAAUUGUGAAUUUGAAAGGUAAAGGACAUGGCUUGUCUAUCACACCUCUGCCAGCUGGUCAUAUGAUAGGUGGAACAAUAUGGAAAAUAGUCAAAGAUGGAGAGGAAGAAAUUGUUUAUGCAGUUGACUUCAACCACAAGAGGGAGAUCCAUUUAAAUGGAUGUUCACUGGAAAUGUUAAGCAGACCCUCCUUGCUUAUCACAGAUUCAUUUAAUGCUACAUAUGUGCAGCCUAGAAGAAAACAGAGAGAUGAGCAGCUUCUGACAAAUGUCCUAGAAACACUUCGAGGUGAUGGAAAUGUAUUAAUAGCAGUGGACACAGCAGGCAGAGUUUUGGAACUUGCUCAACUUCUUGAUCAGAUUUGGAGAACUAAAGAUGCAGGACUGGGUGUUUACUCAUUGGCACUUUUAAAUAAUGUCAGCUAUAACGUGGUGGAGUUUUCUAAGUCCCAGGUAGAAUGGAUGAGUGAUAAAUUGAUGAGAUGUUUUGAAGACAAAAGAAAUAAUCCAUUUCAGUUUCGCCAUCUCUCUUUAUGUCAUGGUCUUUCUGACUUGGCUCGAGUACCUAGCCCAAAAGUUGUACUUGCAAGCCAACCUGACCUAGAAUGUGGAUUUUCAAGGGAUCUCUUUAUUCAGUGGUGUCAGGACCCUAAGAACUCAAUUAUUCUAACUUACAGAACUACUCCUGGGACUUUAGCACGUUUCCUAAUUGAUAAUCCUUCUGAAAAAAUUACAGAAAUAGAGUUGAGGAAGCGUGUGAAACUUGAAGGGAAAGAACUUGAGGAAUACUUGGAAAAAGAAAAACUAAAGAAAGAAGCUGCUAAAAAACUCGAGCAGUCAAAAGAGGCAGAUAUAGAUUCUAGUGAUGAGAGCGACAUUGAGGAAGAUAUUGACCAGCCGUCAGCUCAUAAGACAAAACAUGACCUGAUGAUGAAAGGUGAAGGGAGUCGUAAAGGAAGUUUCUUCAAACAGGCAAAAAAGUCUUACCCUAUGUUUCCUGCCCCAGAAGAAAGAAUUAAAUGGGAUGAAUAUGGAGAGAUUAUCAAACCAGAGGAUUUCUUAGUGCCAGAACUUCAAGCUACUGAAGAAGAAAAAAGCAAAUUAGAAUCUGGUUUGACAAAUGGAGAUGAACCUAUGGAUCAGGAUUUAUCUGAUGUUCCUACUAAGUGUAUUUCCACUACGGAGUCUAUUGAAAUAAAAGCCAGGGUUACUUACAUAGACUAUGAAGGACGCUCUGAUGGAGAUUCCAUUAAAAAAAUCAUUAAUCAGAUGAAACCACGACAGUUGAUUAUUGUCCAUGGCCCACCAGAGGCCAGUCAAGAUCUGGCUGAGUGCUGCCGUGCUUUUGGUGGGAAAGAUAUUAAAGUGUACAUGCCAAAGCUACAUGAAACAGUUGAUGCCACUAGUGAAACACACAUCUACCAGGUGAGAUUAAAAGACUCACUGGUCAGCUCCCUUCAGUUUUGUAAAGCAAAAGAUGCUGAAUUAGCUUGGAUAGAUGGUGUCUUAGACAUGAGAGUUUCCAAAGUGGACACAGGAGUUAUUUUAGAAGAAGGAGAACUGAAGGAUGAUGGAGAAGACUCAGAAAUGCAAGUAGAUGCUCCUUCAGAUUCUAGCGUUAUAGCACAACAAAAGGCCAUGAAAAGUCUGUUUGGAGAUGAUGAGAAAGAAACAGGUGAAGAAAGUGAGAUCAUUCCUACUUUGGAGCCCUUGCCACCUCAUGAGGUUCCUGGACAUCAGUCAGUUUUUAUGAACGAACCAAGACUAUCAGACUUCAAGCAAGUUCUUUUAAGGGAGGGUAUUCAAGCUGAAUUUGUAGGAGGUGUGCUUGUUUGCAACAAUCAAGUAGCAGUCCGUAGAACGGAAACUGGUCGCAUCGGAUUAGAAGGCUGCCUUUGUCAAGAUUUUUAUAGGAUAAGAGACCUUUUAUAUGAACAAUAUGCCAUUGUGUAAAGGACAUGAUGUCAAGAAGUAUGUGCUUGACCUUUCUAAGAAAAAAGGAUUCUUAUGCUAAGCUUUUGCUAUUUUGUUUUGUAACAUACAAAAAGAAUCUGCCAGAAAAACUUAACGUGUAUUAGAUUUUUAAAAAUGUAAAUAGAGAACAUUUUGCUAAUGCUUAAAUGAGCAUUCUGUCUUUUGGCUUUCAGAGUGAUAGAGCUCCUAGCAAGUGUAUAGGCCCAAGAAUUGAAGGUGAUUGGUUUCCUAAUUUACAAACCCCUUAUUCUAGAAGGGCUUUCUACUUGAAUAAAACAAUGCAAACCAGUUCAUGGCCUUAAGAGAAAUGUGUUUGCAUGAGUUCUUGCAAACUGUUUCUUGUAUUUUCUGGAAUGAAAACUGAGAAUUAUUUAGAAAAGUCAUGCCACAAAAAAACUAAACAAAACUGGUAAAACAGUUUUUUGACAUUUAUUUUUAAGAAAUGAAAAAAGCAUAUGUGCUAUGACUCUUCUAAUUUGAAUAUGCAAUUAUUUUGACAAGGAACAUAUCCGUUCCAUGACCGUAUUUCCCAGUGAUUCACUCUAGACGUAAGACAGUACACAUUUGGUUCAGAAAUCAAUUUUUACUUCUCCUGUAUCUUGUUCUAUUAUAAUUGUGUUGUUUUCCAGUUUGAAUUAUGAUACCAUCAUUUGUACAUAAUUCAAAAGAACUCCAUAAUGUGUUCAAGUCUUAAGGGUUCUGCAUACAUUUUAGACACAUGUAAACCAUCAACUAGGUUACUGUAUUGGAAACUAUUUAGUUUUAAAGACUACAAAUGUUGAACCUCACAUUUUUAUAAGGUAACGGUAUAAUUUAAUUAAAAGGUGUAAAUCUUUUUAUCUCUUAAGUUUUGCUGUCUUAAGGUUACCCAAGCAGUGGUUGGGUAAGAUUAUUCUUUCUGUGUUCAUGUCUUUCUUGUGGCUAACUACGCUGGUAAUGGUAUAAACCACUUAUGUUCAAGAGUGUAAGAACAAUACGUGAAAUUUUUGUUGAGCUAAGCAAUGAAAGCCAUUUCACGCUAUUAUGAUCUGUUGAUGACUUUUUAGAAAGUAGCUUGAUCAUGGCAGACCUUGAUGUUCCUUUCACAAGUAUUUAAUCCCUCCUCUCUACAGUUAGCAUUUUUAGAAGGAUCAAGCUUCCUGUUUAACUUAUGUAUAGAACUAUGUAUAGAACAACCCAAUGAUAUCAGACUAGAAUUAGUAUUUCAUUCUAUUUUAAGUGCUUACAAAACCUCUAUUGAGGAUUAUAGUGCUAAUUCAAAGUUUACAGCUUUCUGAUACAAAAAUCCAGAUAAACAAAACAAUGUUAGAAAAGAAGAAUAUAAAGAGUUUGUUUUCUCUUCAGUACUUUGAAAAAAUUUCACUUAAAUUCAUACUACUGUAUGGAGUAAGCCUAUAAUCCUGUAUUUAUUUCAGAGCCAAGAAAAUCUACAUUUGUUUCAUGGUUUAAAGCAUCUGGUUAUACGUAUUACAUUGUACUAGCAAAAUUGUUUCUUGCCUAGACUUUUUAUUGUCCUAUGAGCAGGAAUUAAUUUUAAAUUACUGCUUGAAGAUGACUGUGCUAAAUAAUGUCAUUGCAAGAGUAAUGCUUGUACCUAUUUCUAGAUGACAAUAUUACUAAAAUUUCUAACAUGAAGACUUUUGUCUUAGCUUCAGUUACUUAAGAAAAAUAUAACUUUUGGGUGGCGCCUGUGGCUCAAGGAGUAGGGCGCCGGUCCCAUAUGCCGGAGGUGGCAGGUUCAAACCUAGCUCCGGCCAAAAACCAAAAAAAAGAAAAAUAUAAUUUUUAAAAACUGUGAAAUAAAUCAUGAACUCAGAGGAAUUUUCAGACCUUCAUUAUUUAAAAGCAAGAUAUUAAGUACAACAUAUAGACUAUCAGCUGAUUAUCUGCAAAUAAUUCAGUUAAAAAGAAAUUAUAGUUAUUUGUUGCAGUGGGAUAUUAAUAUCAAAUAUUGUUACAGACAUUUCUGUCUUUUCAUGAGUCUGUAGGUGGCCCGAAAUGGAGGUAAAGAAAUCAAUUUUCUGUGUUUUUUUUUUGAGACGGAGUCUUGCUUUGUCAUUUGGACUAGAGUGCAUGGCCCCAGCCUAGCUCACGGCAACCUCAAACACCUGGGCUCAAGCAAUCCUUCUUCCUCAGCUUCCUGAGUAGCUGGAAGGCAUCUACCACCACAGCCAGCUAAUUUUUUCUAUUUUUAGUUUAGAUAGGGGUCUUGCUCUUUCUCCGGCUGGUUUUAAACUCCUGAGCUCAAAUGAUCCUCCUUACUCAGCCUUCCAGAGAUUAUAGGUGCUGGGAUUAUAGGUAUGAGCCAUCAUGCCUGGCUAGAAAUCAAUUUUCUAAGGCAGCUCAUUCUCCUUUUUUUUUUUUUUUUUUUUAUUUAGAUGCAAUUUAUAUAACAUAAAAUGCACUAUUAAAAUAUGCAGUUCAAAAAAAAAAUAUGCAGUUCAUUGGUUUUGGUGUAUUUACAGAGUUGUAUAAACAUUACAGAACAUUUUCACCAUCCCAAAAAGAAACCCAAUACCCUUUAGCAAUCGCUCUUCAUUCUCCCUUCUUUCUAGCCCCUGAUAACCAUUAAUCUACUUUUUGUCUUCAUGAAUUUGCUUUCUCUGGAACAUUUCAUAAAAACGGAAUGAUACAAUAUAUAGUCUUUUUUUAUCUGACUUCUUUCACUUCGCAUGUUUUCAAAGUUCGUUGAUGUAGCAUGUAUCAGUGUAAUUCCAUUGUGUGGAAGGACCACAUUCACUUUAUCUAGUUUAUUGAUAGACAUUUGGGUUGUUUCCAGUUUUUGGCUAUUAUUAAGAAUGGUGCUUUGUAAUGAUCCUAGUGUGUGUGAAGAGGUAUUUCACUGAGGUUUUGAUUUGCAUUUCCUCAGUGACUAAUGAUAUUGAACAUCUUUUCGUGUGCUUAUUGGCUGAUUAUAUAUCUUCUUUGGAAUAAUGUCUGUUAAAUCCUCUGUCCAUUUUUAAAUUAGUUUAUCUUUUUGAGUUAUAAGAGAUUUUUAGUGUUCUGGAUACUAAACCAUUAUAUAUGAUUGAAAAUAUUUUAUCCCACUUGUGGCUUAUGUUUCACUUUCUUGAUAGUGUACUUUGAAACACAAAAGUUUAAAUUUUUUUAUAAAUUUAUUGUUUGGGAUUCAUUGAGGGUACAAAGAAUUAGGUUGCACCGAUUGUUAGGCAAAGUCCCUCUUAUAAUUGUGUCCCACAAAAGUUUUAAAUUUUGAUAAAGUCCAAUUUACUUUGGUUCUUUAUACUGUUGCUGCCAUGUAUUAGAAACCAUUCCUGGGCGGCGCCUGUGGCUCAGUCAGUAGGGCGCUGGCCCCAUAUACCAAGGGUGGUGGGCUCAAACCCGGCCCCGGCUGAACUGCAACCAAAAAAAAAAAAAAAUAGCCAGACGUUGUGGCGGGCGCCUGUAGUCCCAGCUACUCAGGAGGCUGAGGCAAGAGAAUCGCUUAAGCCCAGGAGUUGGAGGUUGCUGUGAGCUGUGUGAUGCCAUGGCACUCUACUGAAGGCCAUAAAGUGAGACUCUGUCUCUACAAAAAAAAAACCAUUCCUACUUCCAAAGUCAUGAAAUUUUGCACCAGUUUUUUUUCCUAACAGUCUUAUAGUUUUAGCUCUUAGGUCUUUGAUUCAUGUUGAUUUGAUAUUUAUAUGUGAUGUGAGGUAGGGGUACAAUUUCAAUUUUAUUCAUUUACAUGUGGAUACCCAGUUGUUCUAGAAUCUUUGUUGAGAAUACUAUAUUUCUGCAUUGAAUUGUUCUGCCACUCUUAUUGACAACUACUUGCCCAUAAAUGUUUGGUUUGUUCCUGGACUCAUAAUUCUAUUUCAUUGAUCUAUAUGUCUGCCUUUAUGCUGGUACCAUGGUGUCUUGAUUAUAGCUUUGUAGUAAGUUUUGAAAUUGGGAAGUGUGAAUUCUCCAACUUUGUUCUCUUUCAAGAUUGUUUUUGACUCUUUGAGGGUCUUUUACAUUUUUAUUUCUAUUUUUUUCCUUUUUAAAAUUUUAAUAUAUUCAGGGGUUAUAUGUUUAAUUUUAUUACAUGUAUAUAUUGUGUAGUGAGGAGGUCUGGGUUUUUAGUGUAUUCAUCACCCACCUUGCAUUUUCAUGUGCGUUUUAGAAUCGGUUUAUCAAUUUAAAUGGGGGAGGGUAAGCAGUUGAAAUUUACAACUUAUAAUCUUAGGAUUUCAUGGUUAAAAUGAAAUCAUCUAGUUCAUCCCACUUAUUUUAUCCUAUUAUUAUUUUAUAUAUUUAUUUCUGAGACAGAGUCUCACUCUGUUGCCUAGGCUUGAGUGCCAUAGCAUUAUCAUAGCUCACAGCAACCUCAAAUUCCUGGGCUCAAGUAAUCCAUGCCUCCUUAAUUUUUCUAGUUUUAGUAUAGACAGGUUCUCGCUCUUGCUCAGGCUGGUCUCAAACUGCUAAACUCAAGCAAUUUACCUGCCUUGAACUCCAAUAGUGCUAGGAUUAUAGAUGUGAGCUAGCAUGCCUGGGCCCUAGUUUUUAACUUUUUAAUUUGAAAUAAUUUUAAAUUUUUCCAGAAAAGUUACAACAAUAGUUUAAAAGAUCCUGUAUAUGCUUCCCCUAGAAUCCUUUAUUGUUAAUAUUAUGCCGUAUUUACCUUCUCAUUCUCUCUGUGCACAUUUUUUCUUGAAUAAUUUGGUACUAAGUUGCAGUUAUGAUGUUCCAUUUGUCCUAAACACUUCAAUGUUUAUUUUUUAAAAACAAAGACACACUUGUAUAACCACAAUACUUCCAUCAAAACCACUAAGCCAACUUUGAUAAAAUUCUACCAUUUAAUCCAUAAACUCAUUCAAAUGUUGUCAUUUAUUCCCAAAAUGUCCUGAUGAUAAAGCUUUCCUUUAUGAUCUAGGAUCCAAUUCAGGAUAAUGCAUGCAUUUUGUUAUGUUUUCCCUGUAGUCUUCCUUAAUCUGGAGCAGUUCCUUGAUUUUUCCUUAUUUAUAACCUUGAUGUUUUUGAAGAAUGCAGGCCACUCUUCUUUGUAGAAUGGCCCUCUCUUUGUCUGAUGUUUUCUUCGCAGGUUCAGGUUAUGAAUUUUUGGCAGGAAUACCAGAGAAGCGAUGCCAUGUUCUUUUCCACAUUUUAUUAGCAGGCACAUAGUGUCUAUUUUUCUCAUUACUGGUGCUAUUAAUUUUUAAUAUUGCUUAUGAUGGCUUCAGAAUUUCUCCACUAUGAAGUUACUAAGUAUUACUAUUUUUCUCACAUUUGUUUCUUCUUUUUUUUUUUUUUCUGGUAUAAAUUUAAAGAGUUUUGAUAUAUCCAUCCAUAGCAAAAUGAUUACUAUAGGUAUUAGUUUAUGAGGAAGGGCUACUGUGUGGGGAGCUAUUUUGAAAUUAUGCCAAUAUUCUAUUCUUUCUCAAAUUUUUAUCCCUAGUUUGAGUAUCCACUGAUGAUUUUUAUCUGAAUCAGUUAUUGCUAAAUGGUGAUUUUCUAUUUCUUUUUUGGGGGGGAGUAGGCAGAGUCUCAAGCUGUCACCCUGGGUAGAGUGCUAUGGCAUCUAGCUCACGGUAACCUCCAACUCUUGGGCUCAAGUGAUCUUCUUGCUUCAGUUUUUCUACUUUUUUUUUUUUUUUUUUGACAGAGUCUCACUAUGUCAUCCUUGGUAGAGUGCUGUGGCAUCAUAGCUCACAGCAACCUCCAACUCUUGGGCUUAAGUGAUUCUCUUGCCUCAGCCUCCCAAGUAGCUGGGAAUACAGGCGCCUGCCAUAACACCUGGCUAUUUUUUGUUGUAUUGUUGUUGUUUAGCUAGCCUGGGCUGGGUUCAAACCUGCCACCCUUGGUGUAUGUGGUUGGCAUGCUGUAACCACUGUGCUACGGGUGCCAAGCCAGUUAUUCUAUUUUUAGUAGAGACAGGAUCUUGCUUUUGCUUAGGCAGGUCUCAAACUCAUGAGCUCAAGCUAUCCACCCACCUUAGCCUCCCAGAAGGCUAGGAUUACAGGUGUGAGCUACCACACCCAGCCUUAAACGGUGAUUUUCUAAUUCUACCAUUGUCGCUACAUUUAGCGGGCAUUCUGUAAGACAGCACUUUCUUUUCUUCCCCAUUUACUUAUUUAAUUUUUUAUCAGUAUAGAACAUGGAUGAUCGUGAUUUAUUUUGAUAUUCCAGUUGUCUCAGAUUUGGCUAGUGGGAGCAUUUUCAAGCUGGCUCCUGUGUCUUCCUCAUGGUUCUUUGAGUACUUCUUUACUUUGGGGCACCACAAGAUGUUUCGGACUCAUUUUCUCUAUUCCAGUCCUGAAAUCAGCCAUUUCCCCUAAAGUCCUGGUUCAUUUUAAGGGAGAAUGGUUUAGAACCAAGACCUGGGUGCAAUGCUGUGAUCAUUGCCAUUGUGCUGUCCAGGUCCUCUCAGUGGACAAAUUUGGAAAUACAUGCAGCUACGUUUGUUUCCUCAUCCAUCCAGUUAUGUAUAUGAAAAACCACAAGUCUACACUCAUCUCCUUUCCACUUCUACUCCAUAGAGUUUGCCCCAGGCUUCUCCCUUUACACAUUUGUAACUUGUACCCUGUGUUUAAAAACUGGGCUCCCACAGUCUUCAGUAUAUUUGCUUUUUUGUUACUUUCCAGUCUUCCGAGCAUGGGGCUGGCUCCUUUGUUCCCAGCCUCGUGCAUAUUGUUGCUGCAAGGACUGAGUUCUCUCCCUUUCCCUGAUCCAUGUCAGCACCCUGCCAAUUGAACCCAACAGUGGGUAUUUUAAAGAAGGCACCUUAGGCUCAGAUGGUAUUGCUAAAACAAACGUUCUAAUUUGUGUGGUAUUCUAGCAAAGGUGAAAUAAGCAUAGAUACUGAAGAUUUUUGCUUUGACUAGGACUGUAUAGUCUGGGUUUUUGUCUUGCUUAUUUUAUUAAAAUGUUUUCCUUGUUACUUGUAUAUAAUGUUAAAGCAAGUGUCUAAAUUAUGAUAGGGAGUGGUGUUAGUGGAGAAAAAUACAAAGAGAAAGGAAACAAUAAAUCCAGUCUUGAGAGGAGUAAUGGUUAUGGCAGGAAUAGCAAUCUCAAUCCAAAAUGCUCUCUAAGCUGGAACACAUUAGCACUUAAGGAUCUUAAAUAAUGUGUUAAUAUUACUUUAUAACUGUCCUUGCAGAAAACUUUGCCUGUCACUUCAUCAUUUGGAUCAUCCACCCCCUUAAGUUUUAGGAGUGUCAGGACCAAGUUCACUAUACUGAGUGCUGAGGUGUUCUUUUAUUAAACAGUCAGUUAUUCUUCAAUCUUAACAAUUUGUUGUGGGAGGAAUAAUAUUGUACCCCUGGACAAAUGAUUCUUUGGAAAGCUUAGGAUGGAGUCCAAUUAUGUAACAAAUGUGGGCAAUUGUAUAAUUAUUAGAACUUAUUCCUACCUGUAAGAAAAUGGAGUCUAUAACCAUAAUUAUUUCCAUUUUAGAGAUUUGUUUCACCUAAUGGGAAUAACUGCUUAAGUGCCCUUUUACUAAAAAAGAACUGAGCCCUUAGCAAUAGUAGCCGUCAUUGAAUACUUUGAUAUACCAAAUGAUGUAAGUGCUUUACAUGUCUUGCUUAAUUGUAACACUAGGCAGUGUGGGUACUGUUAUUAACUCCCAUUUAUAGAGGAGGAAACUGAAGCUUAGAGUCUGUCAUUGGUCCUCUAGUUCUCAGUGUGACAUGUUACAGUGUGUAGCGGUUUUGAUUAGAGAUACUCAGUUUUGAGCAGAAGAAGCUAUCUCUGGCUAACUAGGAAAAAAAGGAGUUUAUUGGGAGAGUAACCUCAGAUAGCUCUGGGGAUUCAGGCCUGGCAGUCUUUCAAAGCCCUACUAAAGGAAUGUGUCAGCUACAAAUUGGGUCUCUCAACAUACAAUAUCAUGAAGGAAAUCAGCCUUUUUUUUUAAUUGAGAGAUAGAGUCUUACUCAAACUACUGGGCUCAAACAAUCCUCUCACCUUAGUCUCCAGGGGAGCUGAGAAUAUAGCCAUGUGCUGGCUUCAGCUUGGUUUUUGUUAUGUGCUGACUCUGGCGAGAGAGAUAAGGGAGCACCUUGAUUGUUAGUCUUGCCAAUUAGAUACAGAUAGGGAGAAUUCUCCCUAAGAAUUUAAGGGCCUGUUACCAAAAGGUAGGAGAAUGGGAAGCAAAAACUCAAUAAACAUCCACUCUACAGAUACAGUGGCUAAGAGCACAGGCUCCAGAGUCAGGGGCUUCAAAUGCCUGGGCCACCACUUUCUGUUGUGAUUGGGCCAGUUGCUUUAUAUCUUAGCUCUUCAGAUAAAUGGGGAUGGUUGUCAUACCAUUCCUAGGGUCACAUGAUUAAAUGAUGUGAACCAGGGAAAGCACUUGGAGUGUAUGGCCUAUGGUGAGCAUCUUAAUACACGGUGAUGAUUAUUCAGUGCCACAUUGCCCCCUUCCAUCUUUAUCACAACUCUAAAGGCUAAGUAUCACCUCUACUUUUACAACUUAAAGAAACUUGCUGGGGUGGGGGUGGGGGGUUGGGGCAGGUUUCCCAAGUGGCUUGUUCGAAGUCACAGCUAGCUGAUCACUGGUGAAUCAGUACUUUCACCAUGCCACUUGAUCUACAGAAAAAAUGCUCUAAUAAAAAUAGCUUUUAAACAAGAAUCCUCAAAGUAACGUUGAAUGUAUUACUCAGAAUUUCCUCUGGAUAACAGUGGAAUUUAUACUAUAUGACCUAAUGUAGGUGUAAACGUUUUUAUCUUUAGACAUUUCCUAUAAUGAAGUAUAACAGAGCAAACUUUCUUGUGUCAAUGCAUAAUGCAUUAAUCUAGAAAUACUCUUUCAUCUUUACUAUUGAUUUUAUGCUACUCCUAUAGAGUAGUAGAAAAUAGUGUCUGUUAAUCAAAAAUAAAAUCUAUAGGCUGCAUGCAAAUCUUGAAGCAACUUUUUCCGGGGAAUGUUUAAAACUAACAAUUUUCCAUAAAAUCUUUGGAUAAGAGGAAAAGUGAGGUUGUAUUAGGAUUUGGUCAAUUAGGUUUCUUACCCUUCCAGAGUUGUUUCUGCAGGUUCCUUGUUGAUGAAUCUGUGCUUGUCUGAAUUCAUGGGCUCUAUCCUCACCUUACUUUACAGUUUAAUAAAUUUUCUGGUUGAAGAUACUGGUGAGGUUAAGAAAAUUUGCAGAUGACCUUCUACUUAAAGAAGCAGCUCUUACAGAAAACAAAGUAGGUACCUAAAGGGAUACUGACACGUUUGGAUAGUGGGAUAAAUGUGAGAAAGUGAAAUGUCACCUUUCUAAACCAAGGGCACAAACGUGAUGGAGAGGAUAAAGCCUAGAAGUCUAGGUUCUAAAAAAAGUUUUAUUGGUCUAUGCUGAGCAUAAAGGUGGCUGCCAAAAAAAGGUAAUAGACUAAGGCCAUAUUACUAAUAAACUAAUGGACUCUGUAAUUACUAAUAGACUUUAAAUAAAGGUGGCUUCAACAUAAGACCCCAAAUUAUAAAACUACUAGAAGAAAACUACUAGAAGACCACACAGAGGAAAUUCUCCAGGAUGUUGGUCUAGACAAAGAUUUUAAAGAUUUUUAUGGCUAAGAUCUCAAAAGCAUAGGCAACAAAAAGAAAAGUAGACAAAUGGGACUAUAUAUAGACAAAGCUUCUGCAUGGCAAAGGAAAUGACAGAGUAAAAAAAACUGGUUGAAUGGAAGAGAACAUUUACCAAUUUCUUUGAACAAGGAAUAACAUUUAGAAUAUAUGAGGAACUCAAUAGCAAAACCCAAAUCAUCUCAAUUAAAAAGGAUCUGAAUAGGGCGGCGCCUGUGGCUCAGUGAGUAGGGCGCCGGCCCCAUAUGCCGAGGGUGGCGGGUUCAAACCCAGCCCCGGCCAAAUUGCAACCAAAAAAAAAAUAGCCGGGCGUUGUGGCGGGUGCCUGUAGUCCCAAGCUGCUCGGGAGGCUGAGGCAAGAGAAUCACGUAAGCCCAAGAGUUAGAGGUUGCUGUGAGCUGUGUGAUGCCACGGCACUCUACCUGAGGGUGGUAUGUGAGACUCUGUCUCUACAAAAAAAAAAAAAAAAAAAAAAGGAUCUGAAUAGACAUUUCUCAAAAGAUAUACAAAUGACUAGUAGGUUUAUGAAAAAAUGUUCAAUGUCACCAAUCAUCAGGGAAAUGCAAAACCACAGUGAGCCCAGUUAGAAAGGCUGUUAUCAAAAAGAUAAGAAGUAAAUGCUGGUAAGGGUGUGGAGAAAAGGGAACUCUUAUGCACUGUUAGUGGGAGUGUAAAUUAGUACAGCCGUUGUAGAAAACAGCGUGGAUAUUUCUCAAAAACUAAAAACUAUCAUAUGAUCCAGGAAUCCCACUACUGGUUAUUUAUCCAAAGGAAAGAAAGAAAUCAGUGAAAAGGAUACCUGCACCCCAUGUUUAUUGCCACGUUACUCACAGUCACCAAGAUAUGGAAUCAAACUAAGUGUCCAUCAAUGGAUGACUGGAUAAAAGAAAAUGCAGUAUGUAUUAUACACAUUGAUGUAUUAUUCAGCCUCAAAAAAUAAUAAAAUCCUGUCAUUUGCAGUAAGCAACAUGGAUGGAACGGGAGGUCAUUAUAUUAAGUGAAAUAAGCCAGGUACAGAAAAACAAAUAUCACAUGUUUUUACUCAUACAUGGGAGCUAAAAAAUUGAUCUCAUAGAGGUAGAAAGUAGAAUGGUAGUUACCAAAGACUGGGAAGGGUGUGUGUGUGUGAUGAUAAGGGGGAUGAAGAGAGGUUGGUUGAUGGGCACAAACAUACAGUUAAAUAAAAGGAGUGAGUUCUAGUGUUCACAGAACAGUAGCACAGUAGGGUGACCAUAGUUAAUAAUAUAUCGUAUAUUUCAAAAUAGAAGUAUUUGAAAUGUUCCCAACACAAAGAAAUGUUUGAGGUGAUGGAUAUUCUAAACACUUUGAUUUGAUCAUUGCAUUUUGUAUGCAUGUUUUGAAAUAUAACAUGUACUCCAUAAGCAUGUACAAAUAUUAUGGAUCAAUAAAAAAUAAAAACUUAAA